AUGAGCAACACAGAGUCGUAUCCGCCGGAGUUUCGGCCUCUGAUGAGCGAGCAUGCAGAACCGGAAAUAACCGUUGAACCAGAUAUUAACCGGAGCAAGGACAUCAAUAUCCCGGUUAUCGAUAUGGAGCGUUUGGACAUGGAGAAACUGAGAGAGGCAUGCAGAGACUGGGGAAUAUUCCAUCUGGAGAAUUCGGGGAUACCGUCAACGGUGAUGUCACAGGUGAAAGAGAUAACGGAGUCGCUGCUGAGUCUGCCGUUUGAGGAGAAACGGAAGUUGUUCGGCGUUAACUCUCCGUUAUCGUAUUACUGGGGAACACAUACGGUAAGUCCAUCGGGAAACACCAUGAAAAGGGCCCCACAAGAAUCUUCCGGCCACUUGUUCGAAGGCAUCAACGUUCCUCUUGCUUCUCUUGCUCAUGUUGAUCCUAAGCUCGAGUCUUUCAAAGUGGUGUUGGAAGAAUAUGGAAGGCACAUAACUAGGAUUGUUGUGACCCUAUUUGAAGCCAUAGCAGAAACUUUGUCCCUCGAACUAUCCAAUUACAAGAAAAUGAGCUACUUAUCGGAGUCAACAGGUGUGAUACGUGUUCAACGGUAUCCUCGGUGCACCGAAUCCCCAGGACUUGAGGCUCAUACGGAUAGCUCGGUCAUAUCUAUAAUAAACCAAGAUGAAGUUGGUGGGCUAGAGUUCAUGAAAGAUGGGGAAUGGUUCAAUGUCAUACCUCUUGCCAAUUCUUUGGUCAUUGGUCUAGGGGAUAUGAUGCAGGUGAUAAGUGAUGAGGAGUACAAGAGUGUGCUACAUAAAGUGGGAAGGAGGAUGAAGAAAAAAGAGAGAUACUCAAUAAUUUAUUUUGUGUACCCAGACAAAGGCUGUAUGUUUAAAUCGAGUCGCUAUAAGCCAUUUGCAUUCUCGGAGUUUGAAGCUCAAGUUAAGGUUGAUGUUGAGACUCAUGGUAGCAAAAUCGGCCUUUCCAAUUUCCUCAACAACCCCUAG